CAAAGAUCUUCCGUCAUUUUGAGAGCAACAACAACAACCACAACAACCACAACAACAGGCGGCAACGGCGCGAGCGACGUGAGCGGCGAGGAAGUGUUUCUGAAAGGGUUAGGGUUAACGAAUGCAUCGGCGAAUUUGAUUGCAAGCAGGCAAAAAGCAUUUCUGUAUGAGAAACCCCGAUGUCAAAUGGACUUUUCACCCGGAAAUGAGAGAGAGAGAGAGAGAGAAAGCAAAAUUAAGAUAAAAAGGAAAAAAGAAACAGAAAAAUCGCGCGGUUUAUCAAAUGAUCGCCUCGUGUUUACAUUGUUGCUGGUAACACUGUGGCUUUGGACAGCCUGAUUCACUGUUUUAUAGAUAAAUUAUUUCCUUAUCUCUAUCUAUUAUAUAUAUGUAUGUUUGUGCGUGAGUGUGUGUGUAAAGGGUGUAAACAUAUAGUCACACACACACGCGCGCGCGCGCGCACCUAUACUGAUUUCGGAAGCGGCACACGUAAAGAGUGUCAGAUUUUUUCUUCAUCGUUUCUCCUGGAGUGGUCUUUUCGCGUGCGGACCUGACUGACGGACAAAUGGGAAACCGCUAUGGUUACUGGGAUGCUUCUUUGCGAAAUGCAAUGCAUGGUACGCAAAGAAAAGAACAGAAGAUGUCCGAGGGUGGGAAAAAAGAUUUAGUGUCUGAUGCCAAGUCGUUUUGCGACAGUCUUGGCAAUGUUUUCGUCGUGAAGAAGCGAGAUGCCCAAAGUCGACAUCUACUGAAUCAAGCAAAAUGUCUUAUCGAAUCGCUGCUGGAGGAGAACCAGCGACUGUCGUCAGUCGGUGGUACGCCCCGCGUUAAGCGCAGUGGGGGUAGCAUGGGUCAACUGUGGAUGAAACUGGAUGAAAUGAAACGCGAAAACGAAGAACUGAAGCGGCAGCUGGGUAAGUGUCAUGAUGAACGUCCUGCGAUGAAUAAAUCGCAGGGUCCCGGGGAGGUCAUCAUAGCCGAGAUGCACAAAACCAAGGCCGAGAACGUUAGUUUGAAAAGUGAAGUGGAUAAAAUACAGAAAACCUUGCAGGAGAUGAAUACGAUAAAUACAAACUUGCAGGACGAAUACAAACGAUUGAGGAUCGCUUUAGACACGGCCAACCAGUCACUGGAACAUUGUCGUUGUGAAUAUAAAAGUCUGGAAAACAGCCUCACGAAUGCGAAAAAAGAAAAUGAAUUGCUCAAACAACGCCUCUCCAGUAGUCCUGCGAAAGCACCGAUAGUUGCGAGGAGAGAUAACCGUCUAGUGGAGAACAUCAACGAGCAAUGUCGGCCGUCGAUUGUGGCCAGGAAGUAUGACAGGUUAGAAAGUCAAGAGUGGUUGGAUGCAAAAGAGAGUCUUGAAGAUACGACCAACAGAGAUGAAGAGGAGAUUGUCAAGUUCCUCUGUUUCAUGCUCAUGAUUGCCAUAUCAAGGGCCGAAAUGAGCGAAGAGUUCACCAGUUUCAUGUCGUCCUGUACAGAAAACAAGACGGUGAGUCGUUACCUUCACGAGUGUAGCCGGAUCACGUGGCAGAUGGUGAUACAAAAUCCGGCCAUGCGCCUCACUGUUGCCGAUACCGUCUUCAACGAAGACAGACACAGGCUGUGGUGGUCGUGCGACAAAAAACAGAAGCAAGGAAUCAACUUCUUCAUUUGGCCAGCUUUGUACGACUACAAGAACGGAGUCUUAAUGGUGAAAGGUUGUGUACACGCCAGUUAACUCAACGCUGCACUGCACAACUCUCCGUUGCAUUCGAUUUAAACAAACAAAAUCAUA